AAAAGGUGGAUGCCAUCAAAGCUGCGUAAAAAUGAGUAGUCAAUCAUAUUCUAGCUUAUGAUAUAACACUCAAUAUCACAAUUCUACACAUGAAUCAUAAAGCUUCCUGGACCUUCUUGAUCAACCCGUAUUAGGAAUUCAACCAUGAAAUCCUGAAAAUUCAUUGAAAAUCCUUGCUUCAACCAACUUCUAACACCAUCUUUUAUGUUUUGAUCCCAUAAUUAUAGUCAGUCACGUUGUGCUUCAGUUGACAAACUCAAAGCCAACAGAACUGUAGCAUCAGAGUUGUUAGUCAUGUCAGAUAAGAAAGCCUCUCCUCCAAAUCCAGAUGAUUUCAAGUUAAAAGAUACAAAACCCCAGCUUGGAGAAAGAUGGCCACAUGGAGGAGUCCGAGGUGGGCAUGGAUGGAUAGGCGGUGACAGGACUUCAAGCACGUACGACCUUGUUGAACAGAUGAACUACCUCUAUGUUCAUGUGGUGCGUGCCAAAGAUCUCCCGGUGAACCCUGUAUCAGGGAGCUGUGACCCAUAUGUUGAAGUCAAGUUAGGCAACUACAAGGGUAAAACGAAGCACUUUGAGAACAAGAUCAACCCGGAGUGGAAACAGGUGUUUGCCUUCACAAAGGAUAAGUUACAAUCCACUGUCCUUGAAGUUUACGUUAGAGACAGGGAGAUGGUAGGUCGAGAUGACUACUUAGGAAAGGUGGUGUUCGACCUGAAUGAAGUGCCAACACGGGUCCCACCUGAUAGUCCUCUGGCCCCACAAUGGUAUAGGCUAGAGGACCGUCGAGGGGAGGUGAAGACAAGAGGAGAGGUUAUGGUUGCUGUUUGGAUGGGUACACAAGCUGAUGAAGCUUUCCCUGAAGCUUGGCAUACUGAUGCUGCUUCAGUGGUUUCAGGUGAAGGUGUUUACAAUAUCAGAUCGAAGGUCUAUGUGUCUCCAAAGUUAUGGUACCUUAGAGUAAAUGUGAUUGAAGCCCAAGAUGUUGAGCCACAUGAUAAAACCCAACUCCCACAAGUCUAUAUUAAGGCUCAACUUGGAAGCCAGAUACUUAAAACCAAGCUGUGCCCUGUUAAAACCACCAACCCAAUGUGGAAUGAAGAUCUGAUCUUUGUAGCAGCAGAGCCUUUUGAAGAAAUGUUGGUUCUCGAAGUGGUGAACAAAGCCAGCUCAAAGGAUGAGCUAGUCGGGAAGAUAAGCUUGCCCUUGAGCAUCUUCGAGAGGCGACUAGACCACAAAGCCGUUCACUCUCGUUGGUUCAACCUUGAGAGGUUUGGGUUUGGGGCCUUGGAGGGUGACAGGAGGAACGAACUCAAGUUCUCAACAAGGAUACACAUGAGAGUCUGCUUUGAGGGAGGUUAUCACGUGCUAGAUGAAUCAACAAUGUACAUCAGUGAUACGAGGCCAACUGCUAGACAAUUGUGGAAACAACCCAUGGGAAUCCUCGAGGUGGGAAUCUUAAGUGCUCAAGGGCUCCAAGCUAUGAAGAAAAAGGAAGGUCAGAGUGGCACCGACGCAUACUGUGUGGCUAAGUACGGACAAAAAUGGGUUCGAACAAGAACCAUUAUCCAAAGCUUCAACCCUAAAUGGAACGAGCAAUACUUAUGGGAGGUUUAUGAUCCUUGCACCGUCAUCACAUUAGCUGUCUUUGACAACUGCCAUCUCGGUGGAAAUGACAAAAGCACAAAAGAUCCAAAGAUCGGAAAGAUAAGAAUCCGGCUAUCCACCCUAGAAACAGACAAGAUUUACACUCAUUCAUAUCCUCUCCUCGUCCUACAAUCAUCCGGUGUGAAAAAAAUGGGCGAGCUCCAACUAGCAGUUAGAUUCACUUGCUUAUCCUUCUCAAACAUGAUCUAUCAAUACACACAUACUUUACUCCCAAAGAUGCAUUAUGUCCAUCCAUUCACUGUAAACCAGCUAGACAACUUGAGAUACCAAGCCAUGAACAUCGUAGCAGUAAGGCUUGGAAGAGCGGAACCACCUCUUAGGAGGGAAAUUGUAGAGUACAUGCUCGAUGUCGACUCCCACAUAUGGAGCAUGAGAAAAAGCAAAGCAAACUUCUUCAGAAUAGUGUCGGUCUUCUCUGGGAUGAUCUCCAUGAGCAAGUGGUUCGGAGAGGUCUGCAAAUGGAAAAACCCAGUCACUACAGUUCUUGUUCACAUUCUUUUCUUCAUUUUAAUUUGCUACCCGGAACUUAUCCUCCCUACAGCUUGCCUCUACAUGUUUCUGAUUGGUAUAUGGAAUUACCGAUAUAGGCCUAGGCAUCCUCCUCACAUGGAUACUAAACUAUCAUGGGCAGAUGCAGUUCACCCAGAUGAGCUCGAUGAAGAGUUCGAUACUUUUCCAACAACCAAAUCAUCUGAUAUAGUUCGAAUGAGAUACGAUAGGCUCAGAAGUAUAGCAGGGAGGAUACAGACAGUUCUAGGAGAUAUGGCUACUCAAGGAGAGAGAUUUCUAGCAUUGUUAAGCUGGAGAGAUCCAAGAGCUACCUGCCUUUAUACUUUAUUUUGUCUCAUUGCCGCUGUGUUACUCUAUGUAACACCUUUUAGGUUGCUGGCUAUCUUUGCAGGCUUGUAUUUCUUACGACAUCCGCGGUUCAGAAGCAAGAUGCCAACAGUUCCCAGCAAUUUCUUCAGAAGAUUGCCUUCUCGAGCUGAUAGCUUGCUCUAAUUAAGUCUACCAACUGCAGACUUACCAGAACUUUCGUUUGUUUAGUAAUUGAAGUUGUAGAUGACAAGAAAAAGAAUGAAUCAAAGCAUCUGCCAUUAACGAAGAUAAUGAAGAAAAUUAGCUGGAGAAAAAGUUGUUUAACCUGAUUAUUAUAGAAGCAGAGAUCCGGAAAGGUAGAGAAGAUGAAAGAAACUUUGCAGUUUACAGUUUGCAGUUGCAGAGGAAGAAGAAGAGAAAUGAUGGCGGGAGAAAGAAGGGAUGCACACAAGAUGUUUGAUGGAACUAAGGAGAGUUAGGCUUUGUUUGUUAGGAAGGAUUUGGAUGGAAAAGAAAGGAAAGGUAAAAACAAACUUUUUUAUGUUUGGUAAAAGAAAAUAAGAGGGGUUUGAUUGGAAAAGAGAGAAAGUUGAAGGAAAAUAAUACUUUUAAAUCCUUGCUUUCCUUUUCU